AAAAUGAAAGUUACAGUCCAGAGGUGCCUCAAGACUGUCCAUAAUUUUGAGGCACCCUUUAAAAUUAUGGACAGUCCCAAGGCACCCUUUAAAAUUAUGGACAGUCUUGAGGCUCCCUUUAAAAUUAUGGACAGUCCCAAGGCACCCUUUUAAAAUUAUGAACAGUCUUGAGGCACCCUUUAAAUUUUGGACAGUCCAGAGGCACCCUUUAAAAUUAUGGACAGUCUUGAGGUUCCCUUUAAAAUUUUGGACAGUCUUGAGGCACCCUUUAAAAUUUUGGACAGUCUUGAGGCACCCUUUAAAAUUUUGGACAGUCCAGAGGCACCCUUUAAAAUUG